GUCGUCAAAAGCAACGGGAGUUCUCUCGGAAACUUAAAGGGUCGUGGUUGCAUCUCGCCGGUCGGAAUAAAGUGGACUUAGGGUUUAACAAAUUCCUCUCGUCUCAUCGGUGAUGUUGAAGCGUAGUGAGAAAUGGAAAUCUUCGAAUGGAUCUCGAAUCCAUCAAUUCGGACUUGUUUUCGUUGUUGGGAUCUUAUUGGUUGCGGUUCUGUUAUUUUGUUUCAGUGGCAAGAAUCAGAGCACGAAACUGGAACUGGAACGACCGACACAGAUCUCGAACACUGUCAAGCCAACAGUAGAGAUUCAGAACGGGACUCAAUUGAUAUGGACGAUACCAAAUUCACCAAAAGCAGUUCUGUUUAUUGCUCAUGGUUGCCAUAGGAAAGCUUCUGACUUUUGGGACAAAUCUUCAGAUUGUCCUGAAUGUACUGGUCUACCAGAGGAGAGGAUUCUUGUUCGAUUUGCUCUAGCUCGAAAGUUCGCUGUUUUAACUGUAUCUAGUGCUGGAACAUGCUGGACAUUCGGGAAGGAAAAAUCGAUUGUUGGAAAGAUGAUAAAAUCGUGGGUCAAUAAGCAUAAGCUCGAUAGGCUUCCGCUUGUUGGGUUAGGGGCUUCAUCUGGUGGCUACUUUGUCUCUGCUCUUGCAACAGAGGUGCAGUUUAGUAGCAUUGUGCUUAUGAUUGCCGAAGGAGUCUUUGAUCAAAUUCGUAUCAGUAAACAGUAUCCGCCGACUCUUUUUGUGCACAUGCCUAAAGAUGUGUACAGACAACAAAAGAUUAGAGAGUUUUUAGAAGGUCUCAGAAUGGAAGGUAUUGAUGCUGCAGAGAUUGAAUGCUUGGAUUUGCCGAUUUCACCGGAUUUCUUGGCAGAUAGGAUUCCAGGUCUUCAUCCGGAUGUAUCGACCAAACUGUUCAAGUUAUUUCAAGACAAGGGAUUUGUUGAUGGGAAAGGAUACAUGAAACGGGAUGGACGGAGAACACCGUGGAAACAAGCUCUCGGUAGCUACAAAAUAUCACUAGAACAAAGUUUGAUAACUCCUGUUGAGGAAGAACUGAAUCUUGCAUAUGCAUAUCAUGAAAUGACGAGCUUGCAGUCUGAUCAAAUCUUCAACUGGUUUGAGUCACAUAUGAGCUAAUUGGCUGUCAGAUUUUCAUGUAACAAUAUCAUUCUUUGAAAGCUGUAAGAUGCAUUGCACAGGAUAAUCUAUUUGACUCCAAUGGAACAUGCCUAAACAGUCGGUUUACGAUUUGAGUCUGAAAAGAUCAUGGCCACCCUGGUGGCUGUGAUUUAGAGUUAAGAAGACAAUUUUUGAUUCAUUGGUUUGUAGUUAACUAAGACCACUAAGUCUGUUGUGGUUUUGGAAUCUGUAAGAACUCUAAAUGUAAGAAUGUUGGAUGCUAUUCCAAGCUCUUGUAAGUUGC